AUGGCUGGAAACGACACUUACCUCCCUCACCUGGAUCCCAACGCCAACAACGUCCGUAUCUUCUACCUAAUGGAACUGGACGAGAUAUUCCGUGACCUAAUUGCCCACCCAACGGCUGUUUCCAUGGUGCAAAGUUUGCUCGGAGAAGAGUUUCUAGUCUCGAAUUUCACUGCGAAUAUUGCGCGCCCCGGGAGCGGGAGCAUGGGAUUGCAUAGUGAUCUCAGUUUGCAGUGUCCGGAUCCCUGGGUCGGCAAGUGGGGGUUGAAUGUUAUAUGGUGCUUGACGGACUUGUAUUUCGAAAACGGCGCUACCCUCUACAUUCCCAAUUCCCACAAAUGGACCACUCGCCAUGAUAUACCCUCCGACGCUGAAUCCCUGCUCAUCCCGUUUCAAGCUAAGGCCGGCUCGAUCGUCUGCAUGGAAGGCAGAAUCUGGCAUACUUCUGGGAAAAAUAUCACGAAGGACCAAGACCGCGCACUGUUGUUUGGGGCGUAUAAUGCGCCAUUUUUAAGAGGCCAGGUUAAUUGGGCGGCGGGAUUGAGUGAGAAGACAAAGCAGGGGCUGAGUACUCAGAUGCGAGAUUGGUUGGGGGUGGAUGCGAGGGCGAAUACUGGAAGGGUUAAGGGGGUUAAUCGGGUUUAUUAG